AUGGGCAACAAGUCGUCGCUGAUGCUUCAGGAUGAAGAAAUUAGCGCCAUCCAAAAUGAGACUGGCUUCAGCGCUUCGCAGAUUGAACGACUGUACAGUCGGUUCACCAGCCUGGACAAGGGCGACAAUGGCACCCUAGGUCGGGAGGACUUUCUGCGAAUUCCCGAGCUGGCGAUCAACCCACUCGGCGACCGCAUCGUGCAGGCCUUCUUCACCGAGAGCGAGUCUUUUGACGAGCGCAUCAACUUUCGCCAGUUUAUGCGAGUUCUCGCCAGCUUCCGACCGGCCAAGAAGAACCGCGAGUCAAAGCUGAACUCGCGCGAGGAUAAGCUUCGCUUUGCCUUUAAAAUGUACGACCUGGACGGCGACGAGAAGAUCAGCCGCGAUGAGUUGCUCUCAGUCUUGCACAUGAUGGUCGGUUCGAACAUCUCAACCGAGCAGCUGGCCAACAUUGCCGACCGAACGAUCAUGGAGGCGGACAAGGACGNUUACACUUUAACAAUGAUCACUUUGAUAU